CUUUUGUCUCUUUCAGGUUAUGCAAUGGUCUCUGCAAGAUGGCUUGUUCUUGAGUUGGAGCUUUUUAAAACAAACAUAUGCUGGUACUUCAACUUUAUUAAGCGGACUAUAAUUUCUUCUCUCACAACAACUACAUAAGCAGACAAAAUUGCAAAGAUCUGCCCUGUUUCGAGUAUGACAGCCACGACCCGUGGCUCUCCGGUAGGAGGGAAUGAUAGCCAGGGCCAGGCUCCUGAUGGACAGUCUCAGCCUCCCCUCCAGCAGAAUCAGACAUCUUCACCUGAUUCUUCCAAUGAGAAUUCCCCAGCUACUCCGCCUGAUGAACAGGGUCAAGGGGAUGCCCCACCCCAGCUUGAAGAUGAGGAGCCUGCAUUUCCCCACACAGACCUGGCAAAGCUGGAUGACAUGAUCAACAGGCCUCGAUGGGUUGUUCCUGUGUUGCCGAAAGGGGAAUUAGAAGUUCUUCUAGAAGCUGCUAUUGACCUUAGUAAAAAAGGCCUUGAUGUUAAAAGUGAAGCAUGUCAGCGAUUUUUUCGAGAUGGGCUAACAAUAUCUUUCACAAAAAUCCUUACAGAUGAGGCAGUGAGUGGUUGGAAGUUUGAAAUUCAUAGGUGUAUUAUCAACAACACUCAUCGCCUAGUAGAGCUUUGCGUGGCCAAGCUAUCCCAAGACUGGUUUCCUCUUCUUGAACUUCUUGCCAUGGCCUUAAAUCCUCAUUGCAAAUUCCAUCUCUACAAUGGUACACGUCCCUCUGAAACAGUUCCUGCGGGAGUUCAGCUGGCUGAGGAUGAACUUUAUGCCCGACCACCUGACCCUCGAUCACCAAAGGGUUGGCUAGUAGAUCUCAUCAACAAGUUUGGCACAUUAAAUGGGUUUCAGAUCCUGCAUGAUCGUUUUAUGAGUGGAUCAGCAUUGAAUGUCCAAAUAAUUGCAGCUCUCAUCAAACCAUUUGGACAAUGCUAUGAGUUUCUAACGCUACAUACGGUGAAGAAAUACUUCCUUCCAAUUAUAGAAAUGGUUCCACAGUUCUUAGAAAACUUAACUGAUGAUGAACUGAAAAAAGAAGCAAAGAAUGAAGCCAAAAAUGAUGCUUUGUCAAUGAUAAUCAAAUCUCUAAAGAACUUAGCUUCAAGAGUCCCAGGGCAAGAAGAAACUGUAAAAAACUUAGAAAUAUUUAGGUUAAAAAUGAUACUUAGAUUGUUACAAAUUUCUUCUUUCAAUGGUAAAAUGAAUGCACUAAAUGAAGUUAACAAGGUGAUAUCUAGCGUGUCAUAUUAUACUCAUCGGCAUGGUAAUCCUGAAGAAGAGGAAUGGCUUACAGCAGAAAGAAUGGCAGAAUGGAUCCAACAGAAUAAUAUUUUAUCAAUUGUGUUACGAGAUAGUCUUCAUCAACCUCAAUAUGUAGAAAAGUUAGAGAAGAUUCUUCGGUUUGUCAUCAAAGAAAAAGCCUUAACUUUGCAAGAUCUUGACAACAUUUGGGCAGCACAGGCAGGAAAACAUGAAGCCAUUGUAAAGAAUGUACAUGACCUCCUUGCAAAGCUGGCUUGGGAUUUCUCUCCUGAACAACUUGAUCAUUUGUUUGAUUGUUUUAAGGCAAGUUGGACAAACGCAAGCAAAAAACAACGUGAAAAAUUACUUGAGUUAAUCCGUCGCCUUGCAGAAGAUGACAAGGAUGGUGUGAUGGCACACAAAGUAUUGAAUCUUCUGUGGAAUUUGGCACAUAGUGAUGAUGUACCUGUUGAUAUCAUGGACCAGGCUCUUAGUGCCCAUAUUAAAAUCUUAGAUUACAGCUGUUCACAGGAUCGGGAUACCCAAAAGAUACAGUGGAUAGAUCGUUUUAUAGAAGAGCUUCGCACAAAUGAUAAAUGGGUCAUUCCUGCGCUGAAACAAAUAAGAGAAAUUUGUAGUUUGUUUGGUGAAGCACCACAAAAUUUGAGCCAAACUCAGCGAAGUCCACAUGUGUUUUACCGCCAUGAUUUAAUCAAUCAACUUCAGCACAAUCAUGCCCUAGUUACUCUGGUCGCAGAAAAUCUUUCUGCGUAUAUGGAAAGCAUGAGACAGUAUGCUAAAGAGCAUGGAGAAUAUGAUCCACAAACUGUAAGACCAGGAAGCAGAUACAGUCAUGUACAAGAAGUACAAGAGCGACUUAACUUCCUACGAUUUUUAUUGAAGGAUGGUCAGCUGUGGCUCUGUGCCCCUCAGGCGAAGCAAAUAUGGAAGUGUUUAGCUGAAAAUGCAGUUUAUCUUUGUGAUCGUGAAGCCUGUUUUAAAUGGUAUUCCAAACUAAUGGGGGAUGAACCAGACUUAGACCCUGACAUUAAUAAGGACUUCUUUGAAAAUAAUGUGCUUCAGCUGGAUCCUUCCCUAUUAACAGAAAAUGGAAUGAAAUGUUUUGAACGUUUCUUCAAAGCUGUGAACUGUCGAGAAGGGAAAUUAGUAGCAAAGAGACGAGCCUAUAUGAUGGAUGAUUUGGAAUUAAUAGGAUUAGACUACCUUUGGAGGGUUGUGAUUCAGGGAAAUGAUGACAUUGCCAACAGAGCAAUAGAUCUGCUUAAAGAGAUCUACACUAAUCUUGGUCCAAGGUUACAAGUUAAUCAGGUGGUGAUCCAUGAAGACUUCAUUCAGUCCUGCUUCGAUCGUUUAAAGGCCUCCUAUGAUACAUUGUGUGUUUUGGAUGGAGAUAAAGACAGUAUUAACUGUGCAAGGCAAGAAGCAAUACGAAUGGUGCGAGUGCUGACGGUUUUAAGAGAAUAUAUAAAUGAAUGUGACAGUGAUUACCAUGAAGAGAGGACAAUUUUACCCAUGUCAAGAGCUUUUCGUGGUAAGCAUAUCACACUGGUAGUUCGUUUUCCAAACCAAGGUCGUCAGGUUGAAGACUUGGAUAUUUGGUCUCAUACAAAUGACACAAUUGGUUCAGUGCGGCGUUGUAUUCUCAACCGUAUUAAAGCCAACAGUGCACAUACAAAAGUGGAACUGUUUAUUGGUGGUGAGCUGGUAGAUCCUGCAGAUGAUAGGAAGUUAAUUGGGCAAUUGAAUCUCAAGGAUAAAACGCUAAUUACAGCUAAACUUACGCAGAUAAGUUCCAAUAUGCCUUCAAGUCCAGAUAGCUCUUCUGACUCUUCAACUGGUUCACCUGGCAACCAUGGCAAUCACUACAGUGAUGGUCCAAACCCUGAAGUUGAAAGCUGUUUGCCUGGAGUGAUCAUGUCACUGCAUCCUAGAUAUAUCUCAUUCCUUUGGCAAGUUGCAGACUUAGGCAGUAGCCUAAGUAUGCCACCUCUAAGAGAUGGAGCACGUGUCCUUAUGAAACUCAUGCCCCCAGAUAACACUACAGUAGAGAAACUAAGAGCAAUUUGCUUGGACCAUGCAAAACUUGGUGAAAGCAGCCUUAGUCCAUCCCUUGAUUCUCUUUUCUUUGGCCCUUCUGCCUCACAAGUGCUAUAUCUAACAGAGGUGGUCUAUGCCUUGUUAAUGCCUGCCAAUACACCUCUGGGAGAAGAUGCCAGUGACUUCCAAUACAACAUUUUAAAAAGCGGUGGUUUGCCUCUUGUGUUGAGCAUGCUGACUAGAAAUAACUUCCUGCCAAAUGCAGAUAUGGAAACUCGCAGGGGUGCCUAUCUUAAUGCUCUAAAAAUAGCCAAACUAUUACUAACAGCAGUUGGCUAUGGUCAUGUUCGAGCUGUGGCAGAAGCUUGUCAACCAGUUGUAGAGGGUACAAGCCCAAUCUCACCGAUAAACCAAGCUACCCAUGACCAGGCAGUGGUGCUACAAAAUGCCCUACAGAACAUUCCCAAUCCAACUUCAGAAUGCAUGCUAAGAAAUGUAGCAAUACGUCUUGCACAGCAAAUAUCUGAUGAGGCUUCAAAAUACAUCCCUGAUAUAUGUGUUAUUAGAGCAGUGCAGAAAAUUGUAUGGGCAUCAGGGUGUGGAUCAGUACAGCUGGUGUUCAGCUCAAAUGAGGAGAUUAGUAAAAUUUAUGAAAAGACAAAUGCAGGCAAUGAACCUGACAUGGAAGAUGAACAAGUUUGCUGUGAAGCACUGGAGGUGAUGACCCUGUGUUUUGCUUUGAUUCCAACGGCAUUGGAUGCACUUAGUAAAGAAAAGGCAUGGCAGACAUUUAUCAUUGACUUACUGUUGCAUUGUCACAGCAAAACUGUUCGUCAGAUGGCACAGGAGCAGUUCUUUUUAAUGGCUACCAGGUGUUGCAUGGGACACAGACCUCUACUUUUCUUCAUUACUCUGCUGUUUACUGUAUUAGGGAGUACUGCAAGAGAGCGAGCUAAACAUUCAGGAGACUACUUCACUCUGUUAAGACAUCUUCUCAACUAUGCUUACAACAGUAAUAUUAAUGUGCCCAAUGCUGAAGUUCUACUUAAUAAUGAAAUUGACUGGCUUAAAAGGAUCAGGGAUGAAGUGAAAAGAACAGGAGAAACUGGCGUUGAAGAGACUAUCUUAGAAGGCCACCUUGGAGUAACAAAAGAAUUAUUGUCAUUCCAAACCCCUGAAAAGAAAUACCAUAUUGGUUGUGAAAAGGGAGGUGCUAAUCUCAUUAAAGAAUUGAUAGAUGAUUUCAUCUUUCCAUCUUCUAAUGUUUAUUUACAAUACAUGAGAAAUGGAGAAUUGCCUGCUGAGCAGGCCAUACCAGUCUGUAGUUCACCAGCUACCAUUAAUGCUGGUUUUGAGCUGCUGGUUGCAUUGGCAGUGGGAUGUGUCCGAAACCUGAAACAGAUAGUAGACACCUUGACUGAAAUGUAUUACAUUGGUACAGCAAUAACUACUUGUGAAGCGCUUACAGAAUGGGAAUAUCUACCCCCAGUUGGGCCUCGGCCGCCAAAGGGAUUUGUAGGCUUAAAAAAUGCUGGUGCCACUUGCUACAUGAAUUCUGUCAUUCAGCAACUAUACAUGAUUCCAGCCAUCAGGAAUGGUAUUCUUGCAAUUGAAGGCACAGGCAGUGAUGUAGAUGAUGAUAUGUCUGGAGAUGAGAAACAGGACAACGAGAGCAAUGUUGAUCCACGGGAUGAUGUGUUUGGCUAUCCACAUCAGUAUGAAGACAAGCCAGCAUUAAGUAAAACAGAAGAUAGGAAAGAAUACAAUAUUGGAGUUCUGAGACAUCUCCAAGUCAUUUUUGGCCAUUUGGCAGCUUCUAGGCUACAGUACUAUGUACCAAGGGGGUUUUGGAAACAAUUCAGACUUUGGGGUGAACCUGUAAAUCUGCGUGAACAACAUGAUGCUUUAGAAUUUUUUAAUUCCUUGGUGGAUAGUUUAGAUGAAGCGUUAAAAGCUUUGGGCCAUCCGGCUAUGUUAAGUAAAGUUUUAGGAGGGUCCUUUGCUGACCAGAAAAUUUGUCAAGGAUGCCCACAUAGGUACGAAUGUGAAGAAUCUUUUACAACCCUGAAUGUAGAUAUUCGAAAUCACCAAAACUUGCUUGAUUCUUUGGAACAGUAUGUCAAGGGAGACUUAUUGGAAGGCGCAAAUGCAUAUCAUUGUGAAAAAUGCAAUAAAAAGGUUGAUACAGUCAAGCGCCUGUUGAUUAAGAAGUUGCCUCCAGUUCUUGCUAUCCAGUUAAAACGUUUCGACUAUGACUGGGAAAGGGAGUGUGCAAUCAAGUUCAAUGAUUACUUUGAAUUUCCGCGGGAGCUGGACAUGGAGCCUUAUACAGUGGCAGGAGUAGCUAAAUUGGAGGGAGAUGAUGUAAAUCCUGAAAAUCAGUUGAUACAAAAUGAACAGUCAGAAAACGAGCACUCUGGGAGCACUAAAUACCGGCUUGUUGGUGUACUAGUACACAGUGGUCAGGCCAGUGGUGGACAUUAUUACUCUUACAUUAUCCAGAGGAAUGGUGGAGAUGGUGAGAAAAAUCGAUGGUAUAAAUUUGAUGAUGGAGAUGUAACUGAGUGUAAAAUGGAUGAUGAUGAAGAAAUGAAAAAUCAGUGUUUUGGUGGGGAAUACAUGGGAGAAGUAUUUGAUCAUAUGAUGAAACGUAUGUCCUACAGACGCCAGAAGAGGUGGUGGAAUGCUUAUAUUCUUUUUUAUGAACGUAUGGACACAAUAGACAAAGACAAUGAACUAAUAAAAUAUAUUUCAGAACUUGCUGUUGCCACUAAACCCCACCAGAUUAAAAUGCCAUCAGCCAUUGAGCGAAGUGUACGGAAACAGAACGUCCAGUUCAUGCAUAACCGGAUGCAGUACAGUCUAGAAUAUUUCCAAUUUAUAAAGAAACUACUUACUUGUAACAGUGUCUACUUAAAUCCUCCUCCAGGACAAGAUCAUCUGUUGCCUGAAGCAGAAGAAAUAACUAUGAUAAGUAUUCAGCUUGCUGCUAGAUUUCUCUUCACCACAGGAUUUCACACAAAGAAAAUAGUUCGUGGCCCUGCUAGUGAUUGGUAUGAUGCAUUAUGCAUUCUUCUUCGUCACAGCAAAAAUGUACGCUUUUGGUUUGCACACAAUGUCCUUUUUAACGUUUCAAACCGCUUCUCUGAGUAUCUUUUGGAAUGCCCUAGUGCUGAAGUGAGAGGGGCAUUUGCAAAACUUAUAGUAUUUAUUGCACAUUUUUCAUUGCAAGAUGGACCAUGUCCUUCACCUUUUGCCUCUCCUGGACCUUCUAGUCAGGCAUAUGACAACUUAAGUUUGAGCGAUCACUUGCUGAGGGCGGUACUAAAUCUCCUUAGAAGGGAAGUGUCUGAGCAUGGGCGUCAUUUGCAACAGUAUUUCAAUCUGUUUGUGAUGUAUGCCAAUUUAGGUGUAGCAGAGAAGACACAGCUUCUGAAAUUAAACGUACCUGCAACAUUCAUGCUUGUGGCUCUGGAUGAAGGCCCAGGUCCUCCAAUUAAGUAUCAGUAUGCUGAACUGGGCAAAUUGUAUACUGUAGUGUCACAACUAAUCCGCUGUUGCAAUGUGUCAUCACGCAUGCAGUCUUCUAUCAAUGGUAAUCCCCCACUUGCCAACCCAUAUGGUGAUCCUAAUUUAUCACAACCUAUAAUGGCACUUCAGCAGAACGUGGCAGACAUUCUGUUUGUACGAACCAGUUAUGUGAAGAAAAUUAUUGAAGACUGCAGUAAUUCAGAAGAGACCAUCAAAUUGCUUCGUUUUUGCUGUUGGGAGAAUCCUCAGUUCUCUUCGACUGUCCUAAGUGAACUUCUCUGGCAGGUUGCAUAUUCAUAUACUUAUGAACUUCGACCUUAUUUGGAUCUACUUUUACAAAUCUUGUUAAUUGAGGACUCUUGGCAAACUCACAGGAUUCACAAUGCACUUAAAGGAAUCCCAGAUGACAGGGAUGGGCUAUUUGACACCAUUCAGCGUUCAAAGAACCAUUAUCAGAAAAGAGCCUACCAGUGCAUAAAGUGCAUGGUAGCCCUUUUCAGCAACUGUCCUGUAGCCUACCAAAUACUGCAGAGCAAUGGAGAUUUGAAGAGAAAAUGGACCUGGGCAGUAGAAUGGCUUGGAGAUGAGCUUGAGCGCAGACCAUACACUGGCAAUCCCCAGUACACGUAUAAUAAUUGGUCUCCACCAGUUCAGAGCAAUGAAACAUCGAAUGGUUACUUCUUGGAGAGAUCACACAGUGCUAGAAUAACCCUUGCAAAGGCUUGCGAACUCUGCCCAGAGGAGGAACCAGAUGACCCAGAUGCUCCAGAUGAACACGAGUCCUCUCCACCAGAAGAUGCCCCAUUGUAUCCCCACUCACCUGGUUCCCAAUAUCAACAGAAUAACCAUGUGCAUGGACAGCCAUAUACAGGCCCUGCAGCACAUCAUAUGAACAACCCUCAGAGAACUGGCCAACGAGCACAAGAUAAUUAUGAAGGCAGUGAAGAAGUUCCCCCGCCUCAGACAAAAGAUUAGUGAAAUGCACAUAAUCAAUUAACUUGCUCCAUCAAGACUGUGCACCCAGGCCUUACAGUCCAACCUUUCUCUGUGUCUGGCUAAUAUUUAAAACUAGAAAAAACUAUUCCUAAUCAACAUGGAGUGGAGAGUCUAUUCACUGUCUUAUCUGCAGAAAAUUGCUGUCAAUAUAUAACCCGCCUGCAGUGGAAAGUGUAUAGUGUUUUGUAAUAAAUGGCCUGAUGCUAAUGUGUAAAUGGCAAAGGUGUAUAUAGUAUAUUAAUGUUUGACUGUUAAUUCUUAAGCAAGAAACAUUUUUUUUGUCUUGAUGAGACUCACAGAUCUACGAAAACAAAAAUUAAUUUCUUGAUAUAUCCGCUGCGCUCUGCAACCAGUGUUGCCUGCCUCAUGGCAGUUGGAUCAACUCCUUUAUGAAAAAGCCUGUCCAUGUCAACCACAAAAAUAGUUUCAUGUUAAUUCUUUGCCACUGGAGUCGAUUUUACUAUGAGCAACGUAAUGGCUGGUAACCUUUUAAUUAUUUGGUUGAUGUGGAAAAUUGGUGAUGUAACAUUGUUUCUAGAUCUUUUUUCAUUGCCUUUUUCAUUCUGGUAUUAGGUUAAUCACUUUGAAGCUAUAGUUAUGCUGUAACAUUUAGCAUGGCUUCACACCAGGUUAGUGUAGCCAAUGAGGGAAAGGAAAAAAACCAUGACAACAGUUGUCCCAAAGCGACAACUGUAUUGCUCGGAGCUUUCUCUUCUUACACCGAGACUAUAAAAAGGGGGGGAAACCAUGACAAACAAAAGGUUUUCAGUUGCACAUAUGUUCCUCACAUCUGAUGUUUGACAGUUCUGUCUCUGGGUGGGAUAAAGAACACUUAGUUUUCAGUAAUAGGAAUUUAAAAGAUUUAAAACAAAUAUGCAAAAAUUUGCUAUGCCAGGAUGCCUGGAGCAUAUAGACUGUAUUUGGUGUGCUUGUUUUGUUUCUUUGGUAGAGCUUAUUAGAUAAACUUCUAACACUUUCCUUCUACUGCAUCCCAGUGAAGUGGAAGUCAACAAAAUCACACAGUACUUGUGAGUGCCACUGCACCAAGUUAACUUGCUGGUUUUCUGCUCAUUCACAGUUCUACUUGAAAGCAGGAAUUGUCUUAGCUCUUUAUCCAUUAUACAAGAAAUCUUAACGUUAGAAGCAGGGUUUAAUUAUAAAAGAAACUACUGGUUAGUCAAAUACAAUUCUGAGGUAUCUAUUCCAGAAUAACAUUUGUUUAAAGUCUUCAAGAAACGCAUCAGUAAAUACUGUAUUUAAAUGAAAAUUGGUAACUUGAAUGUGUGUAAUUUUUUUGGAACCUGUCUAAACCAAAUACCCCUGCAAGACAGAUACAGCCCACCCUAUACUAUUUAAAUAUUUUGCUGUUUUAUUUUAUAGAAAUUAUUUUGCUGAAUUCACAAAUAGAAUUUGAUUUAAGAAGAAUGUUUUGUCCUGUGGUGUGUUUUUUUUGUUUUGUUUUUUUUAAAUGGACUGUGCAGAACAUUGAAUUCUGUGCAAUGGCACCAUGCUGAAUUCUGGAACUUCAGUCGCAUUGAGAAUUCUGUGCACAAAAAAAAUUGGCCCCUGACUUAAGAAUAAAAAAUUAGGACAAUUACACUGUAAAAGUUUCUUAAUGUGAUUUAUCUUGUACUUUUUGUAUGUUUUUAUAUAUACAUAUAUAUAUUUAAUGAGCACAAGCUUUGAUGGUGUUUUUUACAACUAAGUUGAUAGAAACAAAGCUGCUUAUCAAACUAAAGGUCUGUAGUUUUAAAAUGAACAAAGGAAAAAUUAAUCACCAGUGCAUUUUUAUGCAUUUAGUGUAAUAAGGAAGGGGUGUAGAUAAGAUUUUUGAAUAUUUUAUGUAGCAGUGAUCAUCACUUUUAUGCUUCCAUGUUUUCUCUAGUGCUCAACAGUUUAAUUCAGACUCAUGGUUUUUUUAGUAAUACUAUCUUACCUGGACUUGCUAAAUUUGGUUGAAGUUUUCCCAUGCCUGUUUGGGAAUGAAUAUUGGAAGUUUUAACGCAAAGCAUUAGCCUGCGUAUUAGAAUUGAAGUAGUUCAUAUUUAUUUGGACCAGUAAUUAUUGUUAAAUGCUCCAUCUCAAAGGUGAUUAUGUAUUUUUUACUAUUCAGGAAAAAAUAUGUAAUGUGCUAGUUCAGCCUUGCCAAAUGUGUUUGAUUUUUUUUUUUUUUUUUAACAGUGCAAUGAUUGUAGAGACAUGUAAAACCUGUGAAAUUUUAAGGAUGUGAUUUUUUUUUUUGUUUGUUUGUUUUAUUUUUUUCUCCUUCCCUGAAAUAGGGAUUUAUGACUUUGGCAAUGAAUUUUCAGGGGACAAGCUGUAAGAGUAUUGUGCAUCUCUGUUGCUUUAAAGAAGGCUGGCUGAUGUUACAGCUUUUCAACAGAGAUAGCUACGCAAAAAAGGUGUAGUGGGACAGAGAAUACUUUCUUCACUCUGGGCAAAACGGUUUCAAAACUGUUUAAUAAAUAUUGUGCUAGAAAAAAGUUUAAUAUGCCUAUUACUGUCACAGCACUAUUGCAGUGAUCAUUUUCUAGCUAUAUACAGUACCUCAGUCUUGAUGGCACACUAAAAUACAAGUCCUCAAAGUGCCUAAAGCUUUAAUUCCCCCCACCUUUAAUUUUUAUUUGUAUUUUCUUUUUAGAAAAGUUCCUAGAAAAUCUCUGGUCUUCCAUAAAAUGAUCCAAUAAAUAAUAAAGCAGUUUCUCCUUUUCCUGACAAUUUGACAUUAAAUGCAUACAAAUUGAACAUUUAUAGGUAAUGGUAUGUGGUUUUACUCUUGAAAAGUAUAUGUAUAAAUAGCUGUACCUUACCCAAAAUAAGUUGUCCCUCUAUGUAUUUGGAUUCAUGGUUGUUGCCUUUAGUGACUAAAGUAAGUUUUGGAUACUUGUUUCUUGUUAGUGCUGCAGAAUCAGCACAGUUGUGUGAGACAGGAAUUCUAGUCCUACUUAUGCAUCAAUAAAAGUACUAAGUUCUAA